AAAGGAGGAGUGGGGCAAUGAUAAAUCGUUCACCUGAACCGCAUGCUUGCUGUUGAGGAUGCAGUGGAGAACGGUAAGAGAGUAGUAGCGUUGGUCGGGUCGUCUGUCGCGUAGUGUUUCAACUGAUCUCGCAGUGAACGGUUGACAGAACACGGUGUAACAUAUUUUCGCUUGGUUUCGUGGCAAAUGCUGUUGGUAGUUUUAGUCUCGUUGGCGAUUAGCACGGGAUCGUAAGUCGGGGAGAAACGGUAGGAUCGGUAAGAAGGAUCGAAGCUGGAUCGUAGGAGCGCGAUCUGCUCGCUCGCGUUUGGCCGUCUUGAUCGGAAGCGCGCGCGCGCGCGCGCACGCGCUCUUUCGCGUUCGACGAACGAGUUGGCGGAAGAAGUUGAGAGCCGAAGCACAUAUUUGAACGUACAUGAUCAAGAGUGGAUCGAGUGACGUUGGUCGAAGAACGAAGAAGGUAUCGGUCGUGAUUGAGUUUACCGUUGGUCGUGCGGUGAUCGAAACUAUCAUCGGCGCAAAGACGCAUGUUUACUGGUUGCCUGGAGAAAGGUGAAUCGUCGUUUGACCGCGUCAGAUCGUCUACCGUGUGUAACGGAGUAGUAUCGUUUGUUCAUUGGCGACGUACGGCCAGUGGCACACUUGUCGCUUGGAAAGGAGAAUAGACUUUCUCCUUUUCGUCGUUCCUCGUACCGCCGCCGCCUUUCGUCUCUUAUUCGCGUCUACGGGAAGGAUCGCGAUCAAAUAACGUUAACGUGAAAGACAACAGCACCGCCACCACGACGACGACGAGGACAACCAUUACUACUACUACUACUACUACUACUAACUUGUAUUACUGCUACUAUUAGUUCUCAUUAUUACUACUACGACGACGACGACGACGACGACGACGCCGACGACGCCGACGACGCCGACGACGACCACGAAGACGACGACAAGGACACUUACGACGACAAUCGCAGCGGCAACGGCAACGGCGACGACGAAUAUUACGACGACCGCAAAGACAACGACGACGACGACGACGACGACGACGACGACGACUACGACGACGACCGCGACGACGGCGUCAAUUACAUCGCCAGUGACAGCAACUGCGGUAACGAAGACGAGAACGAAGACGACGACGUGGGUGAGAAGAACGGGAACAAGGACGAGGACGAGGACGAGGACAAGAAGCAAAACUAGAAGGAAGAUUAGGGGGAGAAGGAAAGCGAGGACGUGAGAAGUGGAGAAAGGAGAGAAAGGAGAGAAAGGAGAGAAAGGAGAGAUAGCAAAGGAAAGGAUAGAAAGAAGAGGAGAAAAAGAGGGGUAAAUAGUGGAUAAGUUGGGGAAGAAAGGCAGUAGUGAAUCGGUUGAGGGAGAAAAAGUAGCGCGAAAAGCGGAUGAUCAACGGGAAGAGACUCGAGUGAAAAAUAAGCGUAGUAAUUGGAUCGAGGUUCAAGUUUCGGUGAUUGUUUGCUGGCAAAGAGGGGGCAAGAUCGAGUGAUAAUAAAAGUUGGAAAGGAGAAGAAAAAGCGGUGGAAGAAAGAGGGAGGAGAAUAGGAGAGGAAAGGAAAAAUCGAGUUAAAUCGAGGGUAGCGGAGCGCGAUAAAGAUGAGAGUACAUCGUGGGAUCUGUGCAAAACUGCAGGGAGGAUUCCUGAAGCGAUGGUGGGCAGCGAUGGCCGCUGGGGCCCUAAUGAUCAUCGUGGCCGCAAUUUUGGCGGCUGUCUUCCCAAAAUUGGUCGACAUUUUGCUGAACAGAGAGAUCGCUCUGCGAGAUGGCGGCCGUACGUUCAACUGGUGGAGGGAGCCGCCAGUGUCGCCACGAUUGAGCGUCUACAUCUACAACGUGACAAACGCCGAUGAAUUUUUAAACGUCGGCGAGAAACCAGCGUUGGAAGAACUCGGCCCGUACGUGUACGUGCAGCAGUGGGAAAAAGUCGAGGUGAAAUUCAACGAGAACGACACGGUGUCGUACAAAGUGAAGAAGCGAUACACUUUUGCACCGGAACUGUCUGCCGGCUCGGAGGAAGAUUUGGUCGUGGUUCCGAACGUGCCGAUGCUUUCCGCCACCAGUCAGUCUAAACACGCGGCGCGUUUCCUGAGACUGGCGAUGGCCUCGAUCAUGGACAUUCUUCGAAUAAAACCAUUCGUCGAAGUAUCGAUCGGUCAAUUGCUAUGGGGCUACGAGGAUCCUUUGCUCAAGUUGGCAAAGGACGUGGUACCGAAGGAGCAAAAGCUGCCGUACGAUCAGUUCGGUCUGUUGUACGGGAAAAACGGAACGAUGCCUGACUGGUUUACCAUCUUUACCGGGCAAGGAGACAUCGGUAAAUACGGUGUGCUGGAUAAAUGGAACGGAAAGAGCAGUCUGGGCCACUGGACCGCUCCGGCCUGCGACAGCAUCGCUGGUAGCGAUGGUAGCAUUUUUCCUCCGCGUAUCACCAAGCAGACCGUGCUGAAAAUCUUCGACAAGGAUCUCUGCAGGGCAUUGCCCUUGGUGUUUAAGGAAGAAGUGAUCACCGCUGGAGGAGUUCCCGGUUACAGGUUCGUGCCAGCCAACGACGCGUUCGCUUCUCCGAGCAGACUGGAAUCGCAGCGAUGCUUCUGCCCCGCUGGUCCGCCCUGCGCUCCGGAGGGAACCUUUAACGUCUCUCUCUGCCAAUACGAUUCACCGGUCUUGCUAAGUUUUCCUCAUUUUUAUCUCGCCGAUCCUACGCUUCGAGAAGCGGUAAGCGGAAUAUCGCCACCGGUCGAACAGAAACACCAAUUCUACAUCGACGUCCAACCGAUGAUGGGUACGUCGUUGAGAGCCAAAGCGAGAAUUCAAAUAAAUUUGGCUGUCAGUCAGGUGCGGGACAUCAAGCAAGUCGCCUCGUUUCCGGAUAUCGUUUUUCCGAUCAUGUGGUUCGAGGACGGCAUCGACGAACUUCCGGAGGAGAUGCGAAGCCUGAUGAAAAUGGCCGUGGAUGUGCCGCCGGUUGCUCGAGCAGCGGUAUCCGGUGGUUUGGCAGGGAUAGGAGCGAUCGUUUUGAUAGGGGCACUCCUUUGGCUGGCACGCGCCGCUAAACGACAGGAGAAACUGCAUCUCAGCAAUCCGUUGCCGUCUAACGCGACUGCGGGCAAAACCAGUCAGCUGAACCCGGCUUUCCAGAAUUCAUCGGAUCCUAAGUAAACCAUUUGGCUGACCGGUUGACUCUUUCUAUACCUUUCGAUCUCGAGCGUGCGAAGUCGCGCGUACUCACGUCGACCUUUGUACGCGUUAUGCUUUCACCCUGGAAUUUUUUCACACGGCUAGAAACCGAGGAAAAGAGAGAGCGAGAGAGCGAGAAAGAGAGAGAGAGAGAGAGAGAGAG